ACCAACAGAGCCAAGAGGUGUCGACACUCAGACACGCACGCGGCACGCCUACCGCGCGGCGAGGAUUGAGUUGUGCGUUGGGGAAGGGGGCCAUGAGCGCCGGCGCCGAGCGAGCCCCGUGCGGCCUGCCGCGGGUCGGCCUGGGCACGGCGGUGCAGGGGCCCCGGCCGGACCCCGUCCGCCGCGCGGUGCUCCGCGCCAUGCAGCUCGGGUACCGCCACUUCGACACGGCGGCGCACUACGCCACCGAGGGGCCCAUCGGGGAGGCCGCCGCCGAGGCCGUGCGCACGGGGGUCGUCGCCUCCCGCGGCGAGCUCUUCGUCACCUCCAAGGUCUGGUGCGCCGACGCCCACCCCGACAGGGUGCUCCCGGCCCUCCGCCGGACGCUCAGCAACCUCCAGAUGGAGUACGUGGACCUGUACAUGGUCCACUGGCCGGUGACCAUGAAGGCCGGGCGGUUCACGGCCCCCUUCACGCCCGAGGACUUCGAGCCGUUCGACAUGCGCGGCGUGUGGGAGGCCAUGGAGGAGUGCCACCGCCUGGGCCUCGCCAGGGCCAUCGGCGUCUGCAACUUCUCCUGCAAGAAGCUCGAGGCCCUGCUCUCCUUCGCCACCAUCCCGCCCGCAGUCAACCAGGUGGAGAUCAACCCGGUGUGGCAGCAGAGGAAGCUGAGGGAGUUCUGCAGGGGGAAGGGCAUCCAGCUGUGCGCCUACUCGCCGCUGGGCGCCAAGGGCACCCACUGGGGCAGCGACUCGGUGUUGGACUCCGGCGUCCUGCACGAGAUCGCCCGGUCCAAGGGCAAGACCGUCGCCCAGGUGUGCCUGCGGUGGGUGUACGAGCAGGGCGACUGCCUGAUCGUGAAGAGCUUCGACGAGGCGCGGAUGAGGGAGAACCUGGACAUCGUGGGGUGGGAGCUGACCGAGGAGGAGAGGCAGCGGAUCAGCAAGAUCCCCCAGCGGAAGAUCAACCAGGGCCGCCGCUACAUCACCGAGCACGGGCAGUACAAGUCCCUCGAGGAGCUCUGGGACGGCGAGAUAUAGCCGCCGCCCCGCACAUGCCUGCCUGCCUGCCUGCCUGAUCGGCCAGCUGCCAAAGAGAUGUUGCGUCAAAUUAAAUAAGGAGGAUUUUCCGGUGAGUAACCAAAUGCAAUAAACGAGUAGAUGCUGAAUUGCUGGA